CUGGUUACCUAGAUUUAAAUAUAACACGGUUACGGUUAGCAUUUUAAGAGCUUUGAUUUUAUAAAAGCUAUGUAAUUAGAGUUUCCGUUACAGAUGGCCUUAGUGGAUUAAAUAGGAAAGAUGUGUGUUUUAUAAAACUCUUAUUAGGAUUGAUUUCAAGCAAUUAAUUAACCAAUUUGGAGGAAAUUAACGAGAAAAUGAAUUUAAUAUUAAUUUCAGUAUUAUUUAGCUCUAUAUCAUUACUAAAGGGAAAUAAUUGGCCAGCACAUACUACCACUUCACAUUUUAUAACUAAUAUAGAAAUGAGAUCUAAAUGGUGUUGGGAUCCGUAUUCAAAUAAGUAUAUAAGAAGAUAUUUUCCAGUUAGAAGAUUAUUAUGCAUUCCUGGAUAUGAAGGGGAUAACUGUUCGAUACAAUGUUUUAACUGCAAACGUUUCAGAGAAUUGGAUACAAGAGUUAAAACACUCGAAACAAAUCGACCGGUCAUCAUACCGAAUAAUGGUGGAGGAGGUGGAACAGGUCAAAAGGGAGAAAAAGGGGAAAGGGGUAUGACAGCAGAAAGAGGGCUACAGGGUUUCAAAGGUGAAAGUGGUGAAAAGGGUAGACCAGGACAAAUUGGAUUUACAGGAUUUAAAGGUGACAAAGGAGAAUCAGGAAAUGAUGGGAAACCUGGAGAAAAGGGAGAUACAGGUUUGAAUGGACUACAGGGAGAAAGAGGACAGAAAGGGGAACCUGGAAAUAUGGGUAGUGGAAAUGGAGGAAGCGAAAAUAAGGGAGAACCAGGUAUAAGUGGUCCACGUGGUCCACCUGGAUUGACCGGACCCCAGGGGCCAAAAGGAGAUCAGGGACGACCAGGAGUUGAUGGACUACCUGGCCAAAAGGGAGGUCCAGGAAUGAAUGGAAUUAAUGGCUUUCCCGGAAAAGAUGGGUUAAAUGGAUUACAAGGACCGCAAGGGAUAGCAGGGAUGAUUGGCGAUCGUGGGUAUCCGGGCAUUCCAGGGGGACCAGGACAAAAAGGAGAGUCUGGUGAACGUGGUCUUAUGGGACCACCCGGCUUGACAGGUCCUGCUGGUUCUAUAGGAGUUCCAGGAAUAACAACAACAAUUGUAGUUCCUAAUGAAGAAAUAACGAUUUUAAAAGACAGAAUAAAGAGUUUAGAAAAUAACGUAUCAUCAUGUUGUAAUGAAGUGACAGAACUAAAAAUCAUAGUUACAGGAAUAUUAAAAUCUUUAAGUACUACUACAACUGCCGCUGUACCAAUUACUACACCUACCUUCAUUUUUCCAAGUACAACAACAACUACUACGACACCAGCGCCAACAACAACAACUACGACGACGCCAGCGCCAACAACAACAACAGAACCUGUACCAACAUCGUUCCAAGGUUGUGAACCAAAUCAGUUUAAGUGUAUAAGUACAGAUAGAUGUCUCCCAUUGGCAUUUAGAUGUGAUGGUAUCAAUGAUUGUGAUGAUGAAAGUGAUGAACGUAAUUGUGAUUGUAACGAGUUCCAGUUUACAUGUGAAUCUGACCAGCGUUGUAUUCCCAUAGAUAAGAAAUGUAACAACGAAUUUGAUUGUAGUGAUAGAUCAGACGAAAGCAACUGUGAGACAACUGUCCAAUGUCCGGAAGGUUUAUUCAAAUGCAAAAAUGGAAAAUGCAUCAGUAGACAUUUACAAUGUAAUGAUGCCGAUGACUGUGGCGAUGAAAGUGACGAACAGAAAUGUGGUAGAGGUGACAUACCUGUGAUUCCAACAAAUGGACAAACAAAAUCGAAUAUUGUGCCAGCAAACACACCAACUACUAACGGUCUACGGACAACAACCGAAGGAUCAGGAUCAUUUGGAUCGGAAAGUACUGAAGUUUGGCCUUUUGUAACUGACGGAUCUGAGAAAAGUCCGGAAACAAGUUCAGAUAUAGAUGAGGGAAUAUAUCUAACAACAGCUGAUUUAAAUAAUAAACCUCGAUGUAUGACUAUCAACUGUUUGUUCCCACCACCAGAUAUAAAGGGAAAUAACUCUGUGCCCCCGCCGCCUUUACCACCAAUGGAAAUGAUGCAAAAGGACGAAGUAUUCAAAAUUGUGGGAUUAUUAGAACAUGACUGUCAAGAAGAUGCAUUAGCAUUACUUGAUCUUAAAACAAAACGUGACCACAAAAAACGACAUUUGAUCGAUAGAGCUGUGGUAGUGAUGUCUAGUAAUAGUGGUACAUUAGGACAAAUAGCUGUUUUUGAGUUAAUGAUAAUUUUAUGUGUUGGAUUGUUGUAAACCUGCAGAAUUUAGAUAACGUAUAGACUUUUACAUUAAAAAAAGACAUACUGUAACUGUAAUAACCAACUAGUUACUGUAGCAACAUGGAAUUAUUUAGAUUUUGAAUUCAAUUUGAGCAUUUCCUUAUCGAAUUAAACUUUACCAUUAAUUUUAA